GAAUGUUAAUUUUAAAAAUGUAUGUUUUUAAAAAAAAAUUAAGACCUACUAUAGGAAACGAUCAUGUAAUGAGUGACGUAUUUCCGGUUUCAGCUGCGUGCUCCUGUAGUAGUCGGCCAUUCAACGACACAAAGCGUCUAAUCCUAUCAAAUAUUUUUUGUGUGAAAUUUCUAAAUUGUUUAACUAGUCUUACAAGCGAUAACAAUUCAUUUUGUUUUUGUAAUCUAAUUAACUGUAUCGUUGGUCAUAAAAUCAAUUGACAAUGUAGCUAUUUUCCUCUGAAGAGCGGAGGUCGACGCUAGCUGCUAGCUUUGUUAGUCACUCCUGGGCCUUCUGUGCAUGUAAUCACAUUGGCCUUCUGUGGCUUUGUUUUAUAAAAUGUUUCCUUCCUGGGGGAAUUACGGGGCUCCUCCGCCUCAGAGCUUCGGAGGACCUGGCCCUCGAAAGCCUCCGAUCGGAACAGGUCCGGCUCCUGGUGGUUUCGGCGGCUACGAGGCCUCCUCUAGCGGCUCGUUGUUCUCCAGCCUUCAGGAGCAGCACCGACAGCAGAUGCAGCAGCUCCAGAUGUUGCACCAGAAACAGCUACAAUCCGUGUUACACCACGGCAACAGCGGCACUGGGUUUGGAGGUGGACACUCGGGUGGGUUUAACGCGGCCCCGCCGUGGCAUUCAGAAGGACCCGGCCAGGUAGAGGGCGCUGAAAGUGGUCAGUUGUACCUUGUGCAGGAAAAGACUCCGGUUCAGACACCCAGGGGACCGCUACCACCCAAUCAGGGCCAGCAGCCGCAACCUCCACCGCAGCAGCAACCAGCGGAGUCCAAGCCGAUUCCUCCACAUCCAGAAUCCCAGCCACCCAAGUCGCAGGAAAACAUCGGUGUUCCAGUGGCCAGCAACACAAACCCGUGCAGCACGAAUGAUAACACAUCCGUACCUUUACAGGAUCAACAGAAUGUGUGGUACAAACAACAUCUUCAGAAUUUACAGAAACUGAGGCAGGAGAAAGCCCAGCAAAAUCAGACAGCAGGCAAUGCCUUUCUAACUCCGCAACCACCCAGUCAGGCAAUGCCUCCUCCCCUUCCCUCAGAACCACCAAAAGGCACACCCCCGCCACCGCCACCAAGAGAAGAACCACCUGUGCCACCCCCACCUCCUGUAGAAGUAAAGAGUGCAAAUGUAGGAAACUCAUCUAAUUUUACAGACACACCUGAUGCUCCAAAAGACUCAGAGGAAGCUGCUCGUCUUCAGCAAUUGCAGGCUGCAGCAGCACAAUGGCAGCAGGUGCAACAGCAGAGAGUUAGCUUGCAAUACCAAGCUCUCAUGCAGCAACAUGAAAAACUUCAGCAGAUUCUUGAACAGUAUCAACGACUAGUUCAGCAGCCUCCAAACCUGCAGACGAUGUCUGCGGAACUGCAGCUGAGGCACUAUGAAAUGCAACACCAGCAGUUCAUACCUUUAUUCCAAAACUGGAAUAGUUCUUUUGCUUUGUGGCAUGAACAGUUUCAAUCUUAUCCUCAUAAAGACCAGUUGCAGGACUAUGAGCUCCAAUGGAAGCAGUGGCAAGAGCAGAUGAAUGCUACCAAUGCUCAUCUUCAAGAGAGGGUGACCACUAUUACUGCUAUGGUGCCAUUUGCCUCAGGCCAGUAUGGUGCUAUGAUGGGACAGCUUGGCCAGUACCCUGGACAAGAUACGCCAUUGCAGCAGCAAGUAGUGAACCCUGGUGUCCAACCCACUGUGGUUGGUGCUAUUGCCACUGCUACAGGUGCCACAGCUGCAAGUGCUACAGGUGCUACAGCUCUAGGCCAACAACCUCCUGCCUUUGUGGCACAUUCAGAAUCAUCUGACGGACCCCAUGUACAAGGAAGUCUUCCUGGAGGGGUUGGAGUCAUACCCCCUGGUCCUUUGACUAUGCAAACAUCAAGUUUCAACAGCAUAAGAGAACCACGGCCCAGCAGAUUUGACCAACCACCACAAGGUUUUGAUGGGCCCCCUAUGUUCGACCAAUCACAGCAGCGUUUUGAUGGUCCUCCAAGGUUCAACCCACCACGUCAACGAUUUGAAGGCCCAACAUUUGAUCAACCACGGCAGCAUUUUGAUGGUCCGACAAGGUUUGAUCAACCACUUCAGCGCUUUGACGGCCCAUCAAGGUUCGAACAACCACGGCACCGUUUUGAUGGCCCCCCAAGGUUCGACCAGCAACGCCCGCGCUUUGAUGGUCCUCAAGGGUUUGACCAACCACGGCAACGCUUUGAUGGUCCCCAAAGGUUUGACCAACCACGGCAACGCUUUGAUGGUCCCCAAAGGUUUGACCAACCACGGCAGCGCUUUGAUGGUCCUCCGAGGUUUGACCAGCCACGGCACCGCUUUGAUAAUCCACCCAGACAUGACCAGCCUAAUUUUGGACAGCAAUCUAGAUUGGAUUCCUUAAGACCCCUUUGCCCUCCACCACGUUUUGAAUCUCCUUCAGCCCCUCAGUUAAAACAGCAACAAGGUCCUGAACCUAAAUUGGAGACUGACAUUCAAAAUCCUGCCAGUUCAGAUUCAACAACCUUGCCAAAAACACCUGCUCAACCACUGUCUAACAAAGAUGAAACUAUACCAAAUAAGUCAACAGCUGAUGACUUGACAGAUGAUAAUUUGCUUGGAGCAGAUGGCUUUUUUAUUCAAGAUGACCCUAUUCCCCAGACAUUAAGAAGUAAGAAAGAGUCUGAGGAAGCAAAAAACAAAAGUGUCACUGAUGAUAGGAAUAAAGACAAACCUACUACAUCGGCGAAAGACUCUGCUUCGGUAUCAAAUCCUCCACCACCUCCACAAAAUUCCCAAAAGGACGAUGGACCAAUGACAGACAACAAAAAAUCAAUUAAAGUGACUGCUGAAAUCCAACCAGAACUACAAAGUUCAGACCAGUUAGCACCAAAACCAGAACCUCCAAAUCUACCUCCUGGCAGGGGACGUGGCCAGCCUCCACUGCGUGGACUUGGGCGUGGACAAUUGGGCCCUGGCCAGUACAGAGAACAUAAUACUGCACAAACUGAGGAGGGGGUGGGCGAAAUGCCUUAUGACUAUGUACCAUCGGAGGGAGAUACAGGAAUACCUGAAGAGCAACAAGACUACUGGCAAGAUCCUUCAUAUCAGGGGUUUGGCGAGGAUGAAUCAGAGAUGCGUCCUGAAGACACAUGGAUUCCAGAAGAACAUUACUUUGAAGAGGAAGAGUAUUAUGAGGAGCCAGUGGGACCAUAUAUGGGGCGAGGUAGACCCCCAAUGAGAGGAGGGCCCCCAAUGGGACGAGGAAGACCACCCAUGGGCAGAGGAUUUCCUCCCAUGGGGAGAGGUGUACCACCCAUGGGCAGAGGAUUUCCUCCCAUGGGCAGAGGAGUACCACCAAUGGGCAGAGGGGGUCCGCCCAUGGGUAGAGGAGGUCCACCCAUGGGGAGAGGAGGUCCACCCAUAGGGAGAGGAGGUCCGCCCAUGGGAAGAGGAGGUCCGCCUAUGGGUAGAGGAGGUCCGCCUAUGGGUAGAGGAGGUCCACCAAUGGGUAGAGGAGGCCCACCAAUGGUGAGAGGUGGACCACCCUUUAGUAGAGGAGGCCCACCAGUAGGUAGAGGAGGGGCACACAUGGGAAUAGGGGGUCCAGCAGUUGCUAGAGGGGACCUAGAUGAUAUGCACUGGGCAGAGGCUGAGUCAGCAGAGUGUUCUGAGGAAGGAGAACCCUACUGGGAAGAAUGGCGGCCUCAAAUGAGAGGCAUGAGGCCCCCAUUUCCACCUGGUCGGGGUCGUCCUCCACGUGGGCACCCUGGUUUCAUGCCUCGAGGCCGAGGAGGUCCACUUCACCCUAUUCACGGUGAAAUGGGUCAUGAGGCUGUAGGUCAUGAAAUGGAGUUGGAUGACGCCAACGUGGAUCAAUCAAUGCACCCAAUGUACCUCGAGCACGACCCAUAUGGCCAUCCAGGGCAUCCUGAUGUAGGAAGAGGCAGGCGACGCAUUCCGCCUCCUCCCCAUGAAAUUAUGGAUCACUUAGAGGAGCCUUUGUAUGAAGGAACGGAAGAAGAUUCUGAAUGGUAUCCUCCACGAGGGCCUCCAAUGACUCCACAUGAAAUAAUUGACAGAGGAGGAAUGAGAAGACGACCUAUGGGUCGAGGAAUUGCGAGGGGAAUGUGGCGCCCAGGUCCACAUCGUGAAGGAUAUGAAGAGGUAUAUAAGGAGGACCAAGCUUUGGAUUAUGAUCGAGGUGAGGAUGAGUAUCGCCAGCCUCCAGCUCCAGAGUUUCCACCUGAGGACUAUCGCCAAGAAGCCAAGUUCCGUGAGGGGGAGUGGGACAGAGAUCGUCCUCUUCCUGAAAGAGAGUAUCCUCCCCGCAUGCCACCCCCACCGCACCUCAGAGAGGAACGCUGGGAUCCAGAAACAGAGAGACGUCGCUCGUAUUCUUAUGAUGAAAACGAUAGGGCAAGGGGAGAGCUACGAAUUCUUGACUAUAGAGAUGAGCCCCCAUACAGACUGGAUGAACCGCCACACCUACGGACUUCUGACUGGGAUAGACCUUCUAGGCGUUCUCCAUUACCAGUGAGGACAUAUCCCGAUUAUGGUGACCUUAGACCUCAGUAUGAGGAGCGUAAAGAAGAGCCACCACCUGGUGGAUCUGCAACAGACUUGCCUGGAAGCUCAGUUGAAGCAGCAACCCAAGGAACAAGUGGGGCAAAUGUGCUUGCCCUUUCUCAAAGGCAGCAUGAGAUUAUUCUGAAAGCUGCUCAAGAACUUAAGCAAAUAAGGGAGUUGCAAGAGGGAAAGACCCCUAGUACUGAAAAACUACAACCUGCAUCCAGUGACCUUCUGCCAGAGCUACCUGCAGGUCUCCUUGGCUUGGAAAUCCCAGCAGAUGUUAGGAAUGUUUUAAAGGGUAUGAGUGCUGCUGUUCAGUCAGCUGCUCCUGAAUCAGCGUCUUGGGAAAGCAAACCUGCUGUAGAUUACCAGUCAUCACUGUCUGCUUCAGCCAAACCGACAGUAAUUCCUAAAACUGUCGAUUAUGGACAUGGGCAUGAGCUCGGGGCAACUGUAGAGCGGAUUGCAUAUGGUGAGAGAAUAGUAUUAAGACCUGACCCAGUCCCAUCAGAUCGCCUCUAUGAUAAAGAACCACUUGGUCUCAGAGAUUCCUACAGCCGAGAUCCGUAUUAUGACCGGCGACCAGACCCCUAUUUGGAUCGCCGGGAGUACAGCAGAGAGAGGGAGAUGUACCGAGAUAUGCCUCCUGAAUAUGAUAGAGACAGAUAUGAGAGGGAGCGUUAUCACUCACGGGAAAGAGAUGAAAGCACACAUACCUUGGUUGAAGAAAGGUCUCCACUACCUCCUCGAGCGGCAUACAGGGAUAGAGAUAAGGAGCGAAGUGGCAGUCGUGACCCAGACGACUUUUAUGGAAGGCCUGUCUUUGACAGACCUCUGUAUGAGCGCUCCGGACCUGACCGCAUCGGGCCAGACCGCAUCGGACCUGACCGCAUUGGGCCCGAGCGUUACAGCUCGCCUUACUUGGAAAGAAGAGGUUAUCCAGAGGACCGAGGACCACACCCUGCUGCUCCACUGCCUCCUCCACCAACACCUCCACCUCCACGAGUCGAGAAGAAGCCUGAAAUAAAAAAUAUUGAUGACAUCCUCAAAGCACCUGGCAGAUUAUCUCGACCUGAGAGGAUUGUUAUUAUAAUGAGGGGCCUCCCAGGAAGUGGAAAAAGCCACGUUGCAAAGCUUAUACGGGACAAGGAAGUUGAAUGUGGUGGCGCACCUCCAAGAGUUCUUGUUCUGGAUGAUUACUUCAUGACAGAGGUGGAGAAAGUUGAGAAAGACCCAGACACCGGGAAGAGAGUCAAAAAUAAGGUUCUUGAAUAUGAAUAUGAACCUGAGAUGGAGGAUACCUACAGGAGCAGCAUGCUGAAAACAUUUAAGAAAACUCUUGAUGACGGUUUCUUCCCUUUUAUUAUUCUGGACACCAUUAAUGACCGAGUGAAACAUUUUGAGCAAUUCUGGAGCGCAGCCAAAACAAAAGGCUUCGAGGUGUAUGUAGCUGAAAUCACGGCUGACACUCAAACAUGUGCAAAGAGGAAUGUCCAUGGGCGCAAGCUUAAGGAUAUAACAAAGAUGUCCAACAACUGGGAGUCAUCUCCUCGUCAUAUGGUGCGCCUAGAUGUGCGAUCCUUGCUUCAAGAUGCCGCCAUUGAGGAGGUUGAAAUGGAGGACUUCAACCCUGAAGACGUUCCCCAAGAAACCAAGAGGGAGGAGGAAGAAGAGAGCGAUCUGGGAUAUCUUCCAAAAAGCAAAUGGGAGAUGGACACAUCAGAGGCCAAACUUGACAAGUUGGACGGCCUGGUGAGCGGUGGAAAGAGGAAGCGUGACAGUGAACACUUGUCAGGCAUAGAGGACUAUCUUCAGUUGCCAGACGACUAUGCCACACGCACGUCUGCACCAGGAAAGAAAAGGGUCCGAUGGGCUGACCUUGAAGAGCAGAAGGAUGCAGAUCGAAAGCGUGCUAUCGGUUUUGUAGUUGGACAAACGGACUGGGAAAAAAUAACAGAUGAGAGCGGCCAGUUCGCACAAAGAGCUCUCAAUCGUACAAAAUAUUUCUAGGAUAGUCUGAUUCCUUAUUUUGGUUUACAGUAAGGUGCCCAGAAUGUGAAGAAGCUCCAACUCCUUGGCAGUGAAACAUUCAUCAGUACAAUAUUCCCAACAAUUAUCAGUAGUUUUUGUCACUUCACUAAUAAUUAUAAAGAACACAUUUUUCCCUCUGGUAUGAGUUGUAGUUAAUCUGUGCUUAGUUUGUUUAAGUGUGCAGACAUAUUUUACCUUUUUCUCUGUUUUAUACUUCAUGUACUGUAUACCUGUAACACUGUUUCUUAGUCAAUGUGUUGUAGAGGAAAAAUAAAAGAUUCACAACAUUAUACACUAAUAAGAUUUGUCAGUGGGGUUUCAUAAUGAUGCUUGGAGAAUUAACUGUGUUGCUUUAUGUUUGGCAAGACUUUUUGUUCAGUUUAUUGCUAAUCUACAAUGAUAGUCUUGUCUCUGUUCAUUUAUGAAGUCACAAUCCCCAGACUAAGACUACUAUCAACUGUACUCAUUUCUUGUUCGUCUAGGUUUCCUGUUACA